AUGACUGAAUUCAUUCCCUUCUUGGAGGGCCUGAGCGUGUGUAGCUUCCCGGGAAAGCAUCCCUCAUGUCUUGACCAUCUACGGCUACUCGAAACGCAUCUCAAAGUCAAGGAGAAUCCCAUCUUCUACUCUCAAGAGCCGACCAUGGCGCGUCUCCAAAGCUUGCUCUCCACCAUCCUCGUCGCGAUUUCGCUCGUCGGACCAUCUAUUGCCGCGCCAAACCCAUCGGCCGACUUUGACAUCAGCACCCGUGCCACGGUGAGAGUCGGUCGGCGCCAAUUGCCAGUUGAAGCUUUCCAUCCUGCUUCCACCUACGAGACCUAUGGAGAAGGCCUUUUGCAACCUGAACCUCUCGUUCCUGUCGAUCUCCCAACGGAGGCCCGAGAAUUCGUCGCUGAGAAGCUAAACAUCGAUCGUGAAUCCGUGGACUAUCGAAGUGGAUUCGCAUCCAAUGGUAGGAGGCACGCCUACCUCCGCCAACGACGCAAUGGCAUCAACUUUGCCAACGCUGUCGCCAACGUCGCGUUCAAGGACAACAAAGUCGUCUCCUUUGGCUCUUCCUUCGUCAACCCAAACCGCGUCGCCCCUCCUACUCCAAGCAUCCAAGUUGAAUCCGUCAUCCCGACUAUCGAAGAAGCACUCGACGGCAAAUAUAAUGGACAUCCCACUCGUCUCGAGUACCUCGCCCGCCCAGAUGGCUCUGCUUCCCUGACGUUUGCGGUUCAGAUCGAGAAUCUCGAGCAGAACACCUGGUACGAAGCGUUCGUCGAUGCACAGAAUGGAGAGCUGCUCUCGGUUGUCGAUUUUACCGCCGAUGCUGCUUAUCGCGUGCUACCCAUCCAAAAUCAGGCGUUCCCUGAUGGCCUCGAACUGCUGGUCGACCCAGAAGAUACCACUUCUUCGCCACUUGGGUGGCACACCUUCGAGAACGGAACGACCACGACCACGACUUCCGGCAACAACGUCGUCUCCUUCAAAGGCAACCAGGACACUGGCCUCACCUCCGAAUUAUCUCCCGGCGUGUUCGACUACACCUACGAUGAUACCCUCGCCCCCGCCGUCCUCUCCAACGUCGAUGCAGCUCGCACCAACGCCUUUUACGUCGUCAACGCCAUCCAUGACUUCGCCUACCGCUACGGUUUCACUGAGGCAGCGUUCAACUUCCAGCAAGAUAACUUCGGCAAGGGCGGUGUCGGCAACGAUCGUGUCACCAUCAGUGUACAGGACGCCUCGGGUACCAACAACGCCAACUUCGCUACUCCUCCAGAUGGACAAUCAGGAAGGUGCCGCAUGUACAUCUGGACUACGACCAGUCCCAACCGAGACGGAUCCCUGCAGAACGACAUCAUUGUUCACGAAGUUGCGCAUGGCAUCUCUAACCGCUUGACAGGCGGUGGAACUGCCUCUUGUCUCCAGACUACCGAGUCGCGAGGAUUGGGUGAAGGCUGGUCUGACGCCCUCGCAGAGUGGACCCAACAGAAGUCUGAGCAAGUCAACGACUACGUUCUCGCUGCCUAUGUCUUCAACAACCCUGGUGGAAUCCGAUCCUUCCCGUACUCGACCAGCAACGUUACCAACCCCUCGACGUAUGCCAACGUGCAAGGCCAGUUCAGCGUGCACCGCAUUGGUGAGAUUUGGGCAAACAUCCUCCACAACGUCUACGCCGCACUAGUCGGCCAGUAUGGCUGGUCUCCAGCUGCUAGAACCAACCCCGACGGUCUCGAGGGUAACAUCGUCUGGCUCCACCUCUUCAUGGACGGACUCACUUUGCAGCCUUGCAACCCCACUUUUGUCGCCGCACGCGACGCGUGGAUUCAAGCCGACGCCAACCGAUACGACGGUGCUAACCGAUGCUUGCUCUGGAGAGUCUUUGCCAGCCGUGGUCUCGGUCUCAACGCCCGCGCAGCAUCAUACGUCAACAACUUCGACGUUCCUGAGGACUGUGUGGAGUGAGGGCCUAGUGAAGAGUGUCACUAGCUACGAGACACACCAGUUAUCAGGCGCAAUCCAACUACAAGGAAGAACGAAGGAUAGGACGGGGGAACAGGUCAGCGUAAUGUGUAAUGUAAUGUAAUUUAUUGUUUACUUUCAGGAAUCUCAGUAUCGCUGGUUUUCCCUUUG